AUGGUCUGGGACUUGAGGCGAAGGGGAAGUGGGGGUUCAGGGAGGCAGGGAGGGGCAGAGGACGCGGGGGAAGGGGGAGAGGGGGGCGAGGCGGCGGGCGGGAGGGGCGCGGAGGAGGCGGGGAGGGGGCGAGUUGCAGGGGCGGAGGAGGCGUGGAGGGGGUGGGCGUCAGGGAAGGAGGAGGAGAGGAGAGGGCGGGUUGCAGGGGCGGAGAAGGCGGGGAGGGGCGGGCGCAGGGGUGGAGCGCGGGCCCGCCCCGAGGCCGCUGGAAAAGUUUGCGCCCCGGCGCGCGCGCAGAGGCUGAGCCAGCCGGUCCGUGGACACGCGACGGGGACGCGGCGCCAGCGCGGUGGCAGGACGAGCGCGGGCGGGACCCCCGGCCGGAGUGCGACCACCCCCCCCCCCAUCCCCGCCCCAGGACUGCCCCGCUGCCCCGGUCCAGGCCGCUGGGAGCGGAGGAGGGGUCGCCGGGACGCGGGCGGCCCCAGUGCCCUCCCCAGACGGAGGCGCCUGCUCUCCAUGCCCUGGCCGGGGUCCCGCCCGGGGCCACCUCCGAAGCCUGAGCCGGGGCUGUUUCUCUGGAAAUGGACGUGCCCAGGGCGCCCUCUGGUGGCUCCCGGAGCUGAGCCUCGGUGA